AUGCUCAGCCUCUACACAGAAACUGCGUUUGAGGUGACCCCUGCGACAUCAUCUUCCACUGCCGAAUUUGAGAUCCCAAGAAAGAAUGGUUCCUUCGACCAGUCACAAAGCCCUGCAAAACGCCAGGCCCGGCGCAGAACACCCCUUCUGGAUGAACAGACAUUCGUCGCCCAAAACCUGGCCUCCGAAAGCUCCAUCUACUUCAGACAAUCGAAAUCAUAUCCUAGAACAUUUUCCUGGAGUGUCCUAAACAGUGCAAAGACGUUGCAGAUACAAUGUUCUGAUCUGGCGAGAAGCGAGACCGAUACAAAGGAAGCACAUUUUGUGCUCCGCUUCUUUUUCCAAGACCCUAUCAUCCACCGAGGCGUCACCUUUGCCGAUCUUGAGAAUGGCGAUGAUCUGCACGCAUUUGUUUGUACCGUCAAAAACGAAAUAUUCAACCUUCAAGUCCCACCCGCCGCGUUUCGGGACCCUUCGGGUUUACAGAGCAAGAGUGUACAAUCUUGGUGUAAACCGCUGGAGAGCUCGUCCCUCAAGCUGCAUACGGCUCAUUAUCUUUAUGCCGCGACCCCCCUUGAGGUAUUCAUAUCCUUCACAAAUGGAAAGCUUCAGAGGUUAAAGAGGAGGUCGGGCGAUGACAAUUGGGUCGAGGACAACUAUGAUGACCGCUCUUGGGGUGCUUCAAUAAGAGGCAUAGUUUCGUGGCGAGGGCCUCAGGCAAUUGAAAAUGGAUCCGGUCACCUCGAUCCACGCACUGCUCAGUCGAUGGUCGCAUCCACUGAUGGAAUUCAUCUUUUCACCGCCUGCCUCAACCACACUCUCCGAGUUUGGCAUUUGCCCUCGGGGACCCUGGUAGCAUCUAAGGAUCUCCUCGACAAGAAACGAGAUCCAAAUGAUCGGACACACCUGAAUCCAAAAGAGGAUGCUCACUUGCAGGUGUUCAAGUUACCCCUUCAAAGAUACCCCGUGCUACUCACAUACAGCCCUGAAGACGGUGGCCAAUUCAAGUUCUGGGACAUCAAAGGAAGCUUAACGGACACUAUCACCCUCGAAGACAAAUUCCCAGGUGUCAAGUUAUCUGCCCCGGAUCCAGACCCAUCUGGGAAUACUGUAUGGACCAUGAUUGGAUUCAAGCUUGAGCCUGGCAACGAUGUUCAGCCUAGCCGGCUCUGGGUCUUGUGGCGUAAUCACAAUUACCAUCAACUUUACAACUGCCACUUCGAGUACGCUAACAUUGCAGCAUCCUGGAAAUCAAACUGGGUGAAAUGCGCCACAACGGCAUCGCAGAAGCGACUUGCACCGGAGUUCGUACGAUCAGAUCAUCAGGAUCCUGUAUCUAAAUGGCUUAACUUUCUGCUCUCACCUGGUCACUACUCGGAAGCAGUUUUGCGGACUGCAUUGUCGAUAUACGAGGAUGCCACUCACAAAACAACGAUAACCUCACAAGCCGAUUUAUCUCUAAGGCAGCGGCUGUGCACGGUCAUAGCAGCUAAGGUACCUCUUCGAAAAUACGGCGACUCUGACUUAGAUUUUGAUCGAUUUAGUACGGACACAGAUACGCAGUGGCGUAACUUCCACCGAAUUGUUGAAAAGGUCAACGACACAAGAAUUGCACCUCUAUCACUGGCGUAUGAUUCAUUCAGUGAGAUGGUGUGGAUACCUAUGUCUGACAAGAUUUGCGCUAUCCGAGAGUGCAGCAAACUCGAGCUACUUCAACAAAACGAAAUUGAAGAUAUGGCAGACCUCGAAGAUGCAUGUGCUAGAAUCUGGCCUCACCGCAAGGUUAGCUCGGAUGACGGGGAUACCUUCACUGAUCUUGCAACCCUGAUUUCAGCUGCAAGAACUUUUCGAGAAUCGUUCCCACCUGAACUAUCCAACAAUUUCGUUUCAGCGAUCGAGGAAGACAUUUCGACAACUCCUCAACACGUUGUUCCUACACGAAUCGUCGACAUCUCUGACAGCCUCGGUCUCAGCGAGGCUAUUUCUGAUGACGUCUUCAAUCAGCUCGAGGCAAACCUUGAAUCAUUUGGCGGCUGUACUGGUAUUAAUAAUGAGCUUUUCCUUGCUGUAAUUGACCUUCUGCCGAGCAAGACGAAUACGGUCAAGAGCGCCCUGCGAACCACCUUAUUUGGUAGUUUCCUAGUGUCGAAUGGUAUUGUCGAUCAAUUUGAGGCUGUUCAGCAACUUCUUCUAGAUCUUCUCGCACUGGCGGUAUUUGUUGAGGGCGAAUUUAACCAGGAAGACGCGAAGAUACCAUCUUUCGACGCAUCAGAGCUGUUUGACCACAUCACUCCAUUAUUCAAGGUCUAUCAGAGGAAUCUGUGGCUUGCACGACACUCGCGUCGUGUUCCGCUGGAGUUCCUCGGCACAGCAGGUCAUCCAAAUCCCGCUCGUCGACAAUCCGAGAUUCAUGACCAGCAGACCCGGAUGAUCAGUAUCUUCGAGGACACACUGGGUAAGGCAGUUCGACCACAGCCCACGGUUGAGCGGCCGCAACUGUUCUUGAUCACAGAGCAAUUAGCGGAGAUCCAAAGCUGGGCUUUAGGAGAAGAUAGCAUUACUGCAGAUGAUGGUGCUGUGUAUCUCCAAUGUGAUAUGCUCAAACAAGAAGAGUUUGAACUUGCUGCCGAUUUUCUACUAUUCCAACCAUCGACUUCGUGGUCAAGUUACGUCAAAGGUCGCUUGGGCAUGGGGCUUGGGCAGUAUGACAUGGCUGCAAACUAUUUUCGCAAAGCUUCAUAUGGUCUAUCGCACGGGAAGGCGGUUGGGAAUCUUGUUGAGCUUUCAGCUGGUUUGCUCUCGAUAGUAGAAGCUGGGUCUUUCUACAACGGGCUUCCUCUCUAUCUCAAUCAUAUCACCACCUUAUUCGAGUCUGUGAAAGCAUACAAUGAAGCCAGCCAAUUUGGUCACCUCACCUUGGAAGCGCUCCAGGCAGCCCAGAAGGAACCAGUCGCAAAUUUUCGCACGGAAGUUCUUUCAAGAUUGUUUAACUCAGAGUUGAAACUCACAAGGUUUCGCGAGGCAUACAAUGCUUUGGUGCAGUUGUCUGAUCUAGCAUUGCAACGCUCUUACGUCGCGGCAUUGAUUGACACAGUACUGGGCAGCCAGAUAUCUGUCAACGGUCCGAAGAGUGCUGUGCGGCUUCUCCAAUCCUUGCCAUGGUCAAUGCAUCCCCACCUCUCUCGUCAUCUUGAUCAACAUCUUGUCACGCUUGCAAAGAAGCAGACUACCACCGAUAUGAAGAUCUCAGACUGGUCGUCCAACGGUAGUAUCGAUUAUCUCAACAUUAUCCACGGAAUUCGGGUAUCGCAUAAGGACUACCGCGGAGCAGUCACCGUUCUCUUCGACCGUCUCCGCUUAGUCCGGCGGUCAGCUCGAGCUCGUCAUGACCCACAAGCCACGGCGCUGCGCCAAGUCCUGCUAGCCCUCAUCAACGCGAUGGCAUGUGUAGCACCUGAGGAAGCUUACAUCCUCGUUGAUGCGGACGAUAAGAUGGGGUCAAAAGCUGGCAAGGUGGACGACAGCGACACAGCGAUGACCGGCGCGGAUGGGGACAAUGACGAAGCGGCUCCACCCAGGAAGAGGCGGCGUAUCAUCGUCACGCUUGAAGAUCUGCGGAAGGAAUACCAGCAGGUCCUAGACAAGUGUAGCCGGAUCGAGCGUGGCGAUUUUGAUUUUGAUGUGGAUGGUGAGAGCGAUGAAGAUGGCGACCAUGUCACUCCUGCGGACCAGUCUAGACUGAACUUUUCAUCGCGUAAUGGUGAUAGCAUGGUUUUCUGA